AUGGGCUGCCAACGUACAGACUGCAUUGAGAAGCCCUUGUCGAAUCUCUUUGAGAAAUUUGGACGAAUUGUUGGCACCUACCCGGUCUGUUUUUUUGUUAUAACUCUAAUAGUAUCCGGAAUUCUGGGAGGAGGGUUUUAUUUUCUGAAAGACAGGGUGGAUAAUGACAUUGAACGACAAUUUACACCAAGGAGUGGACCCUCAAAGAUUGCUCGGGCCUUUGUCAAAGAGAACUUUCCAAAUGACGACACAGAGUUCUCAAGCCAGAGGCUCUAUGAAGAAGGGAAUUACGCAUCAAUCAUCAUGGUAUCCAAUGACAAAUCAAAUAUUCUAAGCACAGAAAAUUUGAAGAACAUUAUCAAAGUGAACAAUAAAGUUAAAGAUAUCUCGGUUGAUGUAGACCAAAGGGAGCUGAGGUUCAGCCAUUUAUGUGCAAAGACAAAUGGACAUUGUGUGUCAAAUGAGAUUUUAGAAAUUAUUGACUUCAAUGCAAGCAGAAUUGAGCAGACAAACAUUACUUUCCCUCUAUAUACACAUAAAUCAAGACAACUCUUUCUGGGAUCUGCAAUAGGUGGGGUUCAAGCAAAUGUCAAAAGUGAAGUCAAAAGUGCCAAAGCUGUAAAGCUUUUCUACUUCUUGGAAAGUCACACCACCAGAGCUGAGGCAUGGUUAAAAGAAUUCCAAAGGAUCCUAUCAGAUGAGAGAGACAAUGAAAAUAUGAAGGUGUUUUACUAUACAUCACAAUCGAAGCAGGAGGAGAUAGAAAAACACACCACAGACGGGAUUCCAUUGUUCUCAGCCACAUAUGUCCUUGCCAUCGCCUUUUCAGUCAUAUCUUGCCUAAGGCUGGACAAUGUGAGGAACAAAGUGUGGGUGGCUGCUAUUGGUGUCCUCUCUGCUGGCCUGGCUGUGCUGUCCUCAUUUGGAUUGAUGUUUUACAUUGGAAUACCCUUUGUCAUUACUGUGGCAAACUGUCCUUUCCUUAUACUUGGAAUUGGUGUCGAUGACAUGUUCAUUAUGGUGUCAAACUGGCAGCAGACCAAUGUCAAAGACCCCGUGGAGAAACGCAUGGCACACACCUACAAAGAAGCUGCCAUGUCUAUAACCAUCACCACCUUGACUGACGUCCUUGGGUUUUACAUUGGACUCAUGUCCGACUUUCUGUCAGUACAAUAUUUCUGCCUGUAUACAAGCACUGCCAUUAUAUUUUGCUACAUUUACAAUGUCACAUUCUUUGGAGCUUUCCUGGCAUUGAAUGGGAGGAGAGAAAGAAGCAACAGACACUGGUUGACUUGCAUAAAGAUUCCAUCUGAGAAUCCCAAAGAAUGUUCUAAUGGGUAUAGUAUGUGUUGUGUGGGAGGGAACUAUGAUAAAGCCACUGGGACAGAGAAAGAACAACCAAUCAAUCAUUUCUUUAAGAAAUACUAUGGUCCUUUUCUGACAAAACCAUGGACCAAAGUAAUUGUAAUCUUUAUUUAUGCUGGGUAUUUGGCCGCAAGUAUCUAUGGGUGUUUUCAAAUACAGCAAGGAAUUGAUCUUCGUGAUUUGGCUGCUGAUGACUCUUAUGUUAUUCCGUAUUAUGACAAUGACAGGCAAUACUUCUCUACUUAUGGUCCUAAUGUCAUGGUAAUUGUCAGUGAGAAAUUUCCAUACUGGGAUAAGAACAAACGAUCUGAACUACACUCCUGCAUGGAUGACUUUAAGAAGCUUCCAUUUAUUACGGAUGAUUUGUAUACAUCCUGGCUAGAUUACUAUGAAGGCUAUGCACAAAGUACACAUUUAAACAUUGAUGAUGAAAUUGUAUUCAGUGCAAAUUUAUUUUUAUUUCUGAAUUUGUACCCUGAUUUUAAGCAAGAUGUGAACUUCACCAGUAAUGCUAUCCAUGCUUCUCGAUUCUUCUUCCAAACUGUUAAUAUAGUCAAUGCCAGUAUGGAAAUUGAAAUGGUGUACAGCCUUAAAGAAACAGCAGAAAGUUGUAGUGUUGUCCCAUUGAUGGUUUACCACCCGGCAUUCAUCUACUAUGACCAGUAUGCUGUUAUAGUGAGUGGCACCCUUCAGAAUAUUGGAGUCACGACAGCAGUCAUGUUGAUUAUCGCCCUUUUACUGAUUCCAAACCCUCUCUGUUCUCUGUGGGUGACAUUCUCUAUCGUUUCUGUCAUUGUGGGCGUCACUGGUUUCAUGGCAUUGUGGGACGUCAAUCUAGACUCUAUAUCCAUGAUCAUUCUUGUUGUCUGCAUUGGUUUCACCGUUGACUUCUCUGCUCAUAUAUCCUACGCCUUUGUCUCGUGCAAAAAAUCGAGUGUCAAUGAAAGAGUUGUUGAUGCUCUCUUUACUUUGGGCUAUCCCAUAGUACAAGGGGCUAGUUCGACCAUUUUAGGUGUGGUGGUUUUGGCUGCUUCCAAGAAUCAUAUUUUCAGGACUUUUUUUAAGAUUAUGUUCUUGGUAAUGCUUUUUGGGCUCAUUCAUGGCAUCACUUUCCUCCCAGUGUUUCUAACUUUAUUCACAUCCAACUCAGAAAAACCAAAAAGUGAUCUGAAAAAAGAUUUUAAGAGUGGGGUUAUGCCUGAAAUGAAACUUGACAAGAAGUGUGUAGCCUGUGACAACAAAGUAUUUGUUACCGAUAAUUUUUGCAAUGACAUCCACACAAUAUGUACACAGAAAACCCACAUUUGUGUGAUACAAAACAAAAACAAUUUGUCUCACACAAUUUGGGCCACAGACCCUGACUGCCCAUGAAGCAUGAUGGUGAUACUAGCCCAGGAUGUCUUCAUGUACUGUACAGUUUCGAUAGAUCUGUCACUGAAGUUACUAUUUACCACGUGUGUCAAUUAAGGUGCUGUUUACAGUUGUAUUUCUUUGGUUUGUCUGUUUUUUUUAACCUUUUAAUAUGGUAUACAAAAUCUGCUUAUUUUGUACUUUGACUGUAUCUGUUGACUUGUGUCCUUUUUAAAUGUCAAAUAAAGGUUGCUUCAU